CUAACGGCUACGAUUCUUAAGAAAAAUUAUUCCCCUGUUUCGAGAUCAUUAAUAUCAAUAACCGUAUACGAAAUGCCACUUUCAGGAUUUAUUAUACAUAUCGUUUACGACUCUCAUAAUAAAAUUUUUUUAUAUGGAACACCCGCAGAUCGAGCUGGUUUAUGCAUUGGUGAUCAAAUUAUUGAAGUAAAUGAAACGCCAAUUCAGGAUAAAUCACAUAACGAAAUUCCAAUAUAUUUGCAGUGCAUUAAAUCGAAAGUAAUUCAAUUGCGGAUUCGACGAAAACAAAAUAUGGAUAGUAAUUGUUUGCAUUCCGAUCGAUCUUUUCGAGUAUCUGAUGCUUUUUUUGUUUCUGUUGAUAAAGAUCAUGCAAAGGAGAUCGGCAGAAAACUGAAAAGGUUAGCUUUCCCAAAAUUUAUGCCCAAUAUUCAGCCAUCAAUAAUGGUUGGCACUGGUGGCAGAUAA